CAAAUCACCAGUUCAAAUUGAACACGACAGCGAUUAGUGAAACACGAAAUUUUUUAUAGAUACCAUAACGUAGUCAUGUAAAGUGCAGGAGAAAAAGUUAAGGCUUGAGAAAUGCAGCAGAACCUAACUCGACAUAAACGUAAAAAUAAAGUGGAUAAAAGUAAUUACUAAAGACACGUCAGUCUUAAAUAAUAAGGGAAAGUGUAAACAUGAAAUAGAGAAAAGGAAUUACAAUUUAAAGUCGAAGAAGCUGUAAUGCCUCAUUAGAAAAUAACAUAACUUCGGAUAAGACCGUACAGAAAAAUUUAUUUGAUUGAGAACUCGUUGGACCUUUAAGUAAAGCGGACUCAAACGGAAUACACUAUGGCAGCGACAGCACCAGCCGUUUUUAUUACUGUGCCCAAGUACGUGGCUAUAUCGCACACUCCAACCAUGACAUUGCCAAAGAUAAGGCCAGCACCAAUGACCACGUCAUCGCAAGGAACAAUUAAUGCAAAUGCGGUGGUUGAGGAUGGUGCUUCAGCGCCUAGGGGCAAGAAGCGCCGCCUUGACCACCUAACUUGGGAAGAGAAAAUACAAAGAAAAAAAUUGAAGAAUCGUGUAGCCGCACAAACAUCACGCGACCGUAAGAAAGCGCGUAUGGAAGACAUGGAACAUGAAAUUGAUGAACUGACACAAAAAACAGAAAUUUUGCAAAAUAAAUGUGAAAGCUUACAAGCCAUCAAUGAAUCACUUCUUGAGAAAAAUCGCAAAUUGGAUAUGGAAGUAGAACUUCUGCGUCAAAAACUCAAUGAAGUGCAACAACAACAGAAGAAACAACAGGAGCAACUCGCCAGUAAUGCAGCCAAAUUGAAUGCUAAAACUACAGUUGAAACUUGUGCCGGCUCUGCAGCAGGGAUCAACUCAAAUGGACUCGCAGUCGACAGAAGAACAACUGAAAAAGAGCAACUCAGUAGCGUCACUGUGGAGGAUUAUUGCACUUUGCCUACUCUUCAAGAUAUGCUCCUCGUCGACGAAGAAUUCGACGCCAGCAAAUUGGAAGAGCUUGCCGAAAGCCUCUUGGCCGAUAUCGCAGCAGACAUGGAAGCUGGUGAUGGAGCGUGCAAUGAAAAUGUUGCCGAAGUUGCAAGCAACGCAGAGCGACUGCCUGGAUCAGUGGUGGGGCCCAAAACAGAGUGCUUGGAAUCCAGCCAACAUACAAACACACAAAGUGUCAGCUUAAAUGAUACAACAUGGACAUCAUCCAGAAAAAAUGAUGCAAAACGUUUACAAAAUAAAUCACCAACAGCGAUAAAUGAUGAAUUAAAAACUAUGCCAAAUAGUAAUCCUACAAUUGCAUCAGCAACAACAACAACAACGCCUACAAUAACUACAGACAAUGAAAUAUUUAGAAUAGAACAAGCAACAGAUGUCCACACAAUACCACCGGAUACGGUGUAUGGUACAUACGAUGCCAAAACAAAUUCUAUAACAAUUGUAAUGGAUGAUGAUGCAGUGCCAGUAAAUGAGGCCGUCGAAGAAAUAUACUGUGAUGGUGUAACACCGCAAAUGGGUGACGAAAUAAAAUAUCCAACACCUGCAACCACACCCUCACAUGUUUUUCUCAAUGUGGUCGAUGAUUCGGACGAUGACUUUAAUUUCGAUCCCAUAGAGCGAUUCUUGCGACCUAAACGUCCGUUAGCGAAAUCACCUGCACCGUCAUUACAUUCAACCGCCUCAGAUCAUGGUUAUGAAUCGAUUAUUGGUUCACCAACAUCUACAGCGACAGAACAGUUCGACGCGAAUGUUGAAGAUUUCGGCUGGCAGGGUAGUUUUAACGAUUUGUUUCCCAGUUUGAUCUAAGUAGUGCUAUAUACUAUCUACUUGCAUGUUAUAUUCUCAAUAUUUCUAAUGUAUUAAGUUAUAGCUAUGUAAAUAUAUAAGCCAUAUCACAUAUAGUUGCUGAAAUUGGCAAUAGUUGUAGGAGUAAUGUUAGGCCUAGUAUUUAAUUUUUGUAAUAAUUUUGCUAAUUUAAUUGGGUACGUUAUUGACCAACUGGGUCGGCAGAGCCGUAAACUGGUUUCUGCGUUAAAAUAGAUUUUUCUUAUACAUAUUUAAGCUUGAAAAUGCUCAAAUUAAUAAGCAGUAGUAAAAUUUAAAGUAAAUUAUAUGUUAUUUUUAAUAUUUUGUAAAUUAUGUUAUUUAUCGCUGUAUGUAUUUGAAAAAAAAAAAAAAAAUAGUGAUUGUUUUGUAGUCGUUAAGUGCUACUUUAAAAUGGAUGAAGCCCAUUUGAAAAAAAGCUUACAAAUAAAAUAUUCAAACACCAAGACAA